AUGAUUGAUGAUUCUGAGAAGGCCGAUAUUGCUGGGCAUGCACUUGUUGGUUGUGCACAAUUGCCAGCUGAUGGCACCCGUGGUGGGGUUAUGAUGUUCUGGAACGAGGACCUUUUCCAUGUAACAAACGUUAGCAUUGCGAGAUUCUCCAUCACGGCGAAGUUCACUGACCGUAUAUCUAAUGCAUCUUGGUAUUUGACUACGGUAUACGGGCCGGCAGACGAUGAACGGAAGUUGGCUUUCCUAAACGAGCUGGUACAUAUCCAUAGCCAUGUUUCUGGGGCAUGGCUGGUUAUCGGGGAUUUCAACCUGAUCUUACACGAUCAAGACAAAAACAAGAGGCGUGUCAACAGAACUUGGAUGCGGCGUUUCAAGAACGCCGUUGACUCCAGCUUCUUGAAAGAAAUCAGGCUCAUAGGGAGACGCUAUACUUGGAGCAAUGAACAAGCGGUUCCAACCUUGGUGCGCCUGGAUCGGGCCUUCUGCAAUGAAGAAUGGGACGACCUCUUCCCUGCUGCUAAACUCCUGCCGCAGGCAUCGUCCAUGUCUGAUCACUGCCCCCUGCUGCUGGUCCAAGAUGUCAUGACCAAAACACCGCCUAGAUUCCGCUUCGAGAAUUUCUGGCCGUUGUUGCAAGGGUACAACACAGUCGUCCAACAAUCUUGGAACUCCCCAUGCAGGCUAACUAACCAGUUUGCGAUUCUCGACUACAAACUCAAGCGACUGGCCAAGGACCUCAGAAGUUGGGCAAAGAACUAUGUGGGGGAUAUCAGAAAGCAGAUGGUUAUAGGCCAAGAGAUAAUGCUAAGAUUGGAUGUCGCCCAAGAGAUAAGGUUGCUUUUGGAAGAAGAACACCUCCUAAGAUCAGCGCUUAAAUCAAGGGCGGUGGGGCUGGCAGUCAUAAAUAGGGUCAAGGCCAAACAGAGGGCCAGAAUCAAAUGGUUGCAGUUGGGUGAUGCCAACACCAAAUUUUUCCAUUCACGAGCUACACAUAGGCGAGCGAAGAAUAGAAUCCAGUCUUUGCAAUCCGAAGCCGGAAUCGCCACGACACCUAGUGAACUGGAGGAAACAAUCUUUCACCAUCUUCACGCCAUUAUGGGGGCUUCGGUGCCUUGCACAGAACGGUUUGAUUGGACAAAGCUAAACCUGCCAAAGCCCAACUUAUCUGACCUCGAAAGGCCCUUCACCUUGGAGGAGUUGAAACGGGCGAUCCUUGAGUCACCUGCAGACAAGGCACCUGGGCCUGACGGGUUCUCGGGAGGUUUUUUCCGAGCUUCUUGGGAUACAAUCAAAAACGACCUCCUGAGCGCGGUUAACAAAUUUUACGACCUUGAUGACCGCUCCUUUGACUGUCUGAACACGGCCUUCUUCAUCCUGCUCCCAAAGAUUGACCAUCCCUCCCAAAUGAGUCACUACAGGCCAAUCAGUCUGAUCCAUGCGUUUGGCAAGCUAGUCUCCAAGAUCCUAGCCUUGCGGUUGCAACCACACCUUGACGAGCUAAUCUCUCCUUGCCAAAGUGCCUUCAUUAGUGGAAGGAAUAUCCAGGAUAACUUCCUCUAUGUGCAGAACGUGGCAAAACAAUACCAUAAAUCCAAAACCCCAACGCUUCUGCUAAAAUUGGAUAUCGCUAAGGCUUUCGACACCGUCUCUUGGACAUACAUCAUUGACAUGCUGGAGGCUAGAGGUUUCCCGCUAAGAUGGAGAGAUUGGAUAUCACUCCUAUUCCGCACUGCCUCUUCAAGAGUCCUUGUUAAUGGGGUGCCAGUAUACAUGAUGACUAUUAAUGAGAUGCCAGCAUGGGUUAAGAAGGAGUUUGACAAACGCCGCAGAGCUUGGCUUUGGGCAGGGGAAGCAAAUUGUGCCGGAGGGAAGUGCAGAGUCAGUUGGAAAAUGGUAUGCCGGCUGAAACAGCUUGGCGGGCUGGGGGUCCAUUGCAUCGACUCCUUUGCUGCGACAAAAAUAAUUGUUGGUAAUGGCCAAAUGGCGAGAUUCUGGACAGACCGCUGGCUAAAGGGCAUGACGCCGAAAGAAAUCGCUCCGGAACUCUUCAAGAUCUCGGUCAGGAAAAACAGAUCAGUAAAAGAUGCACUUGCAAAUGGGAAAUGGCUGCAGGAUCUUCGCUUCUCUCUUGAUGACUGUCACUCUAAUGAACUUCAGCGCCUAGAAGAACUCAUCAACGAAAUACAGCUCACCGAUGCCACGGACGAAAUAGUAUGGACCUUCGGCAAUAAAAACUACUAUACCGCGAGAUCAGCCUAUCAGCUACAAUUCAUCGGCGCAAUGAAUACUGAUCUCAAAAGGAUUGUUUGGAAAGGUUGGGCGCCGGCAAGGUGUAAAUUCUUCAUGUGGACUCUAAUGUUAGAUCGCAUUCUGACAGCCGACAAGCUCCUGUUGCGACAUUGGGAGAACGAGUAUUUUUGCCCACUCUGCCGCCGAAAUCUCGAAACAUCUAACCACCUCUUCACCGAAUGCCCGUAUAGCUUGAAGAUUUGGUCAUCCUUUUCUGCCUUCUUUAGCCAAGAGGCACUCAACCCGGAAAAUUGGCCACGGAACCAGCACGAUGUACAGUCCUGGUACAGAAAUAUGGUGGGAGAUAAGACGAAAGUUAAAAGGAAAAUCAUCUUUCCCUUGGCCAACCUUAUAUGCUGA